AUGAAAGAUCCACACUUGACAGCCGAUGGACAUACGUACGAAGCAGAAGCUAUCAGGACAUGGUUUAGCAGAGGUCGCCAUACGUCGCCCAUGACAAAUCUCAAGCUUCCUCAUCAGAACCUUGUCCCAAACCGUACUCUUCGGAAGGUACGGAUUCUUCUGUUUCAAGUUUUCAAAUUCAAUCGACGGAAUAGGAAGAGGAUGGUCUCUACUCGAAGCAUAGUUCAGGCUCAAGAGUUAGAGAAGAGAUACAAUGAAGAAGUCAAGCUCAGGAAAGAAGCAGGAGAUGCACUUGCUAGCAAAAAUGAAGAGAUGGAGGUGAUGAAUCGGUUACACAAGGAAGAACAAGGUCAACUGAAAUUAAAUACUCGAGCCAUGGAGCAAAAGCACCAAAAGGAGAAGGUAAACCUUAAAGUGGCAUGGCUUGAAAAUGAAAACGAGAAAAUGCAUUUGAAGGCUGAGGUUUUGGAGGGCAAGUACAAGGGCGAGCUGAGUCUCAGAAAAGAAACAGAAACUGCGCUGCGUAACCAAAGCAAAGAGCUCGAAGAGACGAAGCAACUGCUUGAAGCUUGCAACGUAGAGCAAGAGAACCUGACUACGCAGGUCAGAACUUGGCAGGAGAGGCACGAUCAAGAGUCGCGUCUCAAGAAAGAAACAGAGGAUGCCCUUUCUAGAGAAAAACAAGAGCUUGAGACUGUGAAAGUGCUACUCGAAUCUUCCAAGAAAGAAACGGAUGCGAUGCGACAAGAGAGGGACAAUGCUCUCCUUGUAUUCGACGAGAUGGCAACAAAGCAAGCGGAAGAGCGUCAGCCUCCACCGUCGUUUAUUUGCCCUAUCUCACAGGCAAGCCUCAUUUGA